CGGGGCCAAUGGGAAUACUCGCAGUCGAAAGGCCGGCAUUGCAGGAGUGGUGGCGCAGCUGUUUCCUCUGGAUAUACACCAAAUAUUGAGAAGAAAGAACAUCAGGAGCUAAAUGUUCUAUUUAAAGCAGUAGUUGCUGCUCAGAAAAUACCCAACUAUGCAGACCCUAAGUCAGUGUUUAUAUUUUCUUCAUGCAAGAGCAAUGCACUGAAGGAGAGAAGUAAGCUGUGUUGAUCUGUGACUUUGGUGAAGGCUAAGAAAGUUGAAACAAAUUUGCAGAUGAUAUACAACUUCUAAGCAUUCUGUAUUGGAAGAGGAAAUUUCUAUAGAUGAAAAAAAUGCCUUUGUUUAGUAAAUCACACAAAAAUCCAGCAGAAAUUGUGAAAGCUCUGAAAGACAACUUGGCGAUUUUGGAAAAGCAGGAAAAAAAAACCGACAAGGCUUCAGAGGAAGUGUCGAAAUCACUGCAAGCAAUGAAAGAGAUUCUGUGUGGCACAAAUGACAAGGAACCCCCCACAGAAGCUGUGGCCCAGCUCGCACAAGAGCUCUAUAAUAGUGGGCUGCUGGUGACCCUGAUUGCUGACCUACAGCUCAUAGACUUCGAGGGAAAAAAAGAUGUGACCCAGAUAUUUAACAACAUCCUGAGAAGACAGAUAGGUACUCGGAGUCCUACUGUGGAGUACAUUAGUGCUCAUCCUCAUAUUCUGUUUAUGCUCCUCAAAGGAUAUGAAGCCCCACAGAUCGCCUUACGUUGUGGGAUUAUGCUGAGAGAAUGUAUUCGACACGAACCUCUUGCCAAAAUCAUCCUCUUUUCUAAUCAGUUCCGAGACUUCUUUAAGUAUGUGGAGUUGUCAACAUUCGAUAUUGCUUCUGAUGCCUUUGCUACUUUUAAGGACUUACUAACCAGACAUAAAGCGUUGGUCGCAGACUUCUUAGAACAAAAUUAUGACACUAUUUUUGAAGACUAUGAGAAAUUGCUUCAGUCUGAGAAUUAUGUGACUAAGAGGCAAUCUAUAAAGCUGCUAGGUGAGCUGAUCCUGGACCGACACAACUUUGCCAUUAUGACAAAGUACAUCAGCAAGCCAGAGAACCUCAAACUGAUGAUGAACCUCCUUCGAGAUAAAAGUCCCAACAUUCAGUUUGAAGCCUUCCAUGUCUUUAAGGUGUUUGUGGCCAGUCCUCACAAAACACAGCCUAUUGUGGAGAUCCUACUAAAAAAUCAACCCAAACUCAUUGAGUUUCUGAGUAGCUUCCAAAAGGAAAGGACGGACGAUGAGCAGUUCAGUGAUGAGAAGAACUACCUGAUUAAACAGAUCCGGGACUUGAAGAAAACCACCCCUUGACGGUCUCAGCCACUCUCCCGCCACAGUCACUGUCUCAUUUGUUCAGUUUGUACAGAAAGUGUUAUUUCAAAAAGUAAUUGUUCUCGGGAAGGCUUCGGAGGAGAUACCUGGUUUUUCUCAGUUCAUUGUUCAGGGUAGAUAUAAUAUAAACAUUUGAAUGAAAAAAAUGAUUAACCUAGAAUAAUGUAUUCAUUUGAAUCAAGUCUGUGAUGAUUUAUGUGAAAUCAGAGUCACUGUCUUAGACGUUGAUAAAAACAGCUUUAACCCUUUGUUGACAAAAGGCAGCAGGGCCGAGGGCUUGCAGACCGGAGCCCUGAGUCACCACAGGCCACCAAGUAGAAGCCCGAAUGACGGGCAUCCCUGAGCCCUCAAGGUUAUGUUCUCCUCAGAGAACUGGGGAUGGGGGCGAGAGGCGCAAAGCCAUUCCACCCAUCUGCACUUGGACGUACAGAUAUCUUCUUCUUUUUUUUAACGUUAUGUUAGUCCCCAUACAGUUCAUCAUUAGUUUUUGACAUACGGAUUUCUCAUGGUGCUGAAAGCUCUGGCAAGAUAAGGCCUGUGUUUUCAGUCAUCACAAGUCCUUGUUCCCUGCCCGUCUGCUUUUGACCGUGACUAACUUCCUAGGGAAGCACAGGCCUCUCCCUGCUUACAGUCCCACUCAAUGACCUGAGCCCCCUCCGAGCAGUUAUCCUCAGCACCCCACUCCUGGCAUACCCCCUGCAUCCACAGUCCAGGUAGCCAGGAACUGGCUUGGCCAAAGUAGGACAGAUCAGCUCAGCAGGGGUCACGGGGACAUAGGGGACCCGCGGGUAUGACCUGCUCACUUGAGAACUUGGAACAGAUGGUGUAGGACCACAGCUCUAACAGUAAUAAACACUGUCAUUUCGCUCUGACUCCUGGAGUAUUAGGGAAUGUUUGGAAUAUUUCAUUCCUAUCAUUAUGGGAGAAUUCUUUCAUGGUGAAAGUGUGCUUAGAGUAGGAAUCAUUGCAUUGGGAUGCCUCACGUGUACAAAACUGUGGGUCCAGGGGGUUAGCCCGCUUUUAUAGACAAGGGAACUUUGCCAUUGGGAGGGCAAAUGAGUAAAUGUGUGAAAAACUUCUCAGAGGACUAAAAUUUAUCUUUUCAGUUUAUUUUCCAAUUAGCUGGCACUCUAGUUUCCCAUCAAAGCUUUCAUCAAAAAGGUAGAAAACCUACAACAAUAUGGUCUCAAAUAUUCUCUUGCAUACUGGUAUGAGUAAGGACUUAAUUUGUGUUCUUUAAAAAAGGCAUGGGCCAAAAACAACAAAAAAGGCUGUGGUUUAUUUCAGACAUCAAGUGUAUAAAAAGAAAUUUUAAAGCUAUAUUUACAAGACAUUAGGGGUAUAACGAUUAAUGUGUAUUUUUUCAGAAUUCUGUUUCCAAGUUGUGAGUUGUGGCCUUCUGUAAGGACGCUUGCUUUAUAGAAUAUCGUGUGCUGUGUUCUUCAACCAGGUGUUUCUCCACGAGAGAGGGAAGGGUGCUUCUCCUGGGGUCAUUCUCCAGGAUCAGUGCCCUCUGUAGAUUUUCUAUCUGAAGAAUUAGCUGGCAGGCCUUCACCCCUCUCGGCAGGGGCCCAGCGUGGACCCUGAGGCAUAUAGAGUGGGCCCCGAGGGACACGUUCUGGCCAGCGUCAACAUGGAGGGUCAGCCCAUAGCCAACUGAUGACCUUCAUUCUUUACUCACUGAAGUCAGAUCAUUUUUAUAAUGUUUCCUGACAGUCCAGAGUCUUAGAAUCUGACUUUUCUGGUUUUACUUACUUGGUUAAAAGAGAAGACCGUAAAUAUUAAAAAAAGAGAGAGAGAAGGCUCAAUAACCAUUGGUAGUUUAUGGUUGCUAACACUGUUCCACAACAUCUUAGGACACAUGUUUCUAUUUGGAAAGCAAGGCCUUUGAUAAAUAAAACAUUGAAUUAGUUCUUUGCUUGCAAGUCCUUAUUCUAGUUCAGUACCCAUCAGAAAGGAAACUGGAGCCUAAGAGGCAUUAAUGAAGUAGCUGGGGUUUUGUGUGAUACAAAUUUGUAAAUUAUUAAUGGGAAAGGGGGGGAGCAAGACGCUCACAGUCAAAAUAUGUUUGCACAAAAUUCACUGUAAAUAUUGUGAGAAUCGAAAUUUGAGAAGUCCUAUUUAAUAAGCUAUUUCGAAACACACAUUUAAAUAAAGACUGACUAAAUAAAAAGGUGCCACACA